AUGACAAACGUUCCAAAUUUUUGCUUUUCUGGAUGCACGAAAUUGUCUAAUAUUAAGUUUCAGAAUAGUGUUGAUACAAUUGGAAUAAAUUCAUUUAAUGGAUGCUCAUCAUUGACAUCGAUUAAUAUUCCAUCAUCUAUAAGAAUAAUAUCUGAAUAUGCAUUCCAUAACUGCAAUCAACUCAGUUCAAUUAACAUUCCUUCGACAUGUAAUUUAGAGACAUUUGCUCUCAACUCAAUUGAAGGAUGUGAGUCACUUCAAAAUAUCAGUGACUUUCAAAGUAGUAAAUAUGAAUGCGCAUUGAAUACCAUCUAUUUCAGUGAGGAUGAAAAUAAGAAACAAUUGAUCUAUCACUUAAGUAAAUCAAUUGAUGAAGAAAUCAUCAUUAAAUGCGAUAUUAUCUGCAAAAACUCAUUUGUUGACUGUAACAAUGUUGUCAACAUCAGUCUUUUGCCUAAUGGUGUUUCAAUGAUCGAAACUUCCUCAUUCUAUCGAUGCAUUAACUUGAAAUACAUCAGUUUUCCUUAUUCUGUUGAAACAGUUCAAUCUCUAUCUUUUGUUGAGUGCAACAAUCUUCGUUGUCCUGUAAUUGAAAACCAAACAUUUGAGUAUCUUGAAAUGAUAUUACAAUCUGGAAUCUCUAAAGACCUUCUUAGUUCAUGCCACAUAAUUGAAAUUACAAAUGAUUUUCAUGAUUCCUUCUCUUUUUUUGAUUGUGCAUAUAUUCUUACCUUAUUCAUAUUGACAAAGAUAUAA